AUGUGUGGCAUUUUUGGCUAUUGCAAUUUUUUAAUUGAGAAGACAAGAGGAGAAAUCAUCGACACUUUAAUCGAAGGGUUACAGGCAUUGGAGUACAAGGAAUAUGACUCCAGUGGAAUUUCGAUCCAAGGUGAUGAGCUGGAGUCUCUCAAUAUUUAUAAGCAAACCGGUAAAAUAAGCAGUUUGAAGGAAGAAAUCGACCUUUACAAUCUUAAUAAGAACCUGCCCUUUAUUUCGCAUUGUGGCAUUGCCCAUACUAGGCGGGCAACACAUGGAGGGCUAAGACGUGCAAAUUGUCAUCCACAUAACUCAGAUCCAUCUAAUGAAUUUGUUGUGGUACACAACGGGGUUAUUACCAACUUCGCUAAUUUGAAAGCCUUAUUGAUGGCAAAGGGCUAUGUGUUCAAAAGUGACACUGAUACCGAAUGUAUUCCUAAACUGUACAAACACAUUUAUGAUACAAGCAUUGAACUCGGGUACAACCUCGAUUUCCAUGUAUUAACAAAUUUAGUACUUAAAGAAUUGGAAGGCUCUUAUGGUCUGCUAUGCACUUCUUCUCAUUUUCCCGAUGAAGUGGUUGCCGCAAGAAAGGGUUCCCCGUUAGUUAUUGGUGUUAAAGGUAAAACUGACAUGGACGUAAACUUUGUCGAGGUGGAAUAUUUGGAUCAAGAAGAAGACUACUUGAAGCUUAAUACUCAAACCAAGAGUUCUGGUAAUGUCUUGGCUGCCGCACCUGUAAAAUAUAACACUUGUUUAAGGAAGUCACCCCCCUUCGUUCACAAUACCUGA